AGAAAUUUCUAGGAAGGACAAAUCUAACAUUAUGUCAAUAGUUGAUUAAAUGAAAAAGUUGUAAUUGGGGUGACUCCUUCAUAGUUCAUUACUAUAAUAAUAAUAAUAAUAAUAAUAAUAAUAAUAAUAAUAAUAAUAAUAAUAAUAAUAAUCAAAAAUAAAUCAUUGAAAAAGAGAGAAUUAUUAUUUAUUUAUUAACAACUCUCAACCCGACCCGAUCUACUCCACUUCUUCCCCAAAUUUGAAGUUGUACCAAUUUUGUGGCUAUAAAUUUCUAAAGCAAUACCAAAUCUAGGGUUCCCAUUUUCCCCCAAUUCCAUCUCAAUUCUCCGUCAAUCGAUCAUGAGCAAAAAAGGCUAAAGCCCUGGACUUUUUGCUGUAACGGGACUUGGGAGGUCAAACUUCAGAGCUUUAGUUUGUGGAAGACGAUGAAGCAAUGACCACCACACCUCAAGAUUUGGAUGAUCCUGAUCGUAACAAGGUUGAAAACAAUGGGUCCAGUGUUAUUAAUCACAAUACCCCUAUUUUAGAUGAAGCUAAAGGUAAGGGAAUUGAAACUGCUGACCCAGUGGGUUCAUCUCCCUCUGUGAAAUCCUCACCAACAGCUAAAGGAUUUGGCUUAAAGAAAUGGAGAAGGAUCAGGCGGGAAGCACACAAGGAUGGGGAUAUUAACACAGACAGUGCUAGGUUGUUGAAGCGUGGUUUGUCGAUCUCCGCUGCAAAUUCUGCAAAACCUGUACAUUUGUCCGCUGGAACAGUUCGAAAUAGCGAUGGAUCUGUUGCUUCAGUAAAUGCACUGUUGAGGAGCCCUGAUGUUCUUGUUGAUGGCUUUGGUGUAACUGGUGAUUCUGGGUUAGCGAUUCAGGCGUUAUUUUUUGGUGGAACGGACUCAGACAAUAGUGAGGAUCGGAGUAGUAGGUCUUCGACUGCAGCCAGUGCUCCAAAGCCAAGGUAUGAAGCACCUGUGGUCCAUGGUUAUGUGCCUGUUAAGUAUGGGCAGAGGACUAUGAGUGGGAAGAUGGGUACUUCAGCUCAGCAAUCUCAUCGGGGUAAGGGUCAGUCUGAAACUAGUAAAAAGCCUAGAGGACAGAGGGUCAAAAUUGAGAAGGAAAACUCUCAUUCAAGCAUGGAAUCUGACUCACAAUGCUCCAAUUUUCCCUCGAUGCAGAGUAAUUAUCAUGCAACAAGUAAUGGUAUGCAAGGCGGAAGCUCAGUGAAUAAUGAUGGACAAUUCAGUGAUGAAGCUCUCGCCAGAGAAGGACCAUUCAACGAGGAAAUUCAGACUGCUGUUGACAGAAGAAAUGGCAAGGAGUGUGAAACUCAAGAAGAUCUGGGCACUGAAUCCACCUGGGAGGUUAAAGAAGAGAGGAGUGAGUAUCAGGGGCUGUCCACAGAUCACGAUCCUCUGCUGGAGUCCAUCAUCACCCUUCAAGCUGCUCAGGAAAAUCUUGAAAGAGAAAUUCAGAAAUGGAAAGAAAUUAGAAUAGAAGAUGACGUCAUUGACCAUGCUCUUCAGGAUGUUUGUAUACCUUCAGAUCUCAGUUCAGGUGACGCAGAUUUUGCUGGACCAAACAAAUCUGAACAGCCGCAGUCCAGGAACGGUGUGCAACGUUCAUUUAACUCGUUGGAGUCUGAAGUGGUUAGCUUAAAGCAGAAUGUUAUACUAUUGCAGAACAAGCUUAAUGAUGAAACCGAAUUGAUUAAGUUAAAGGAAGCGAGAGUUGCUGAACUGGAAACCGCCAUCUUAAGUAGUAACUCAAAGAAGGAAGAAAAGAAAACAGGAAACGGUUUGCACCAGAGUACUGAGGACAUUGAAAGAAAGCUUGAGGGCCUCUUUAGGCAGAAGAUUGAAGCUGAAGUUGAGUAUUUGACGAUAUCUAGGACAAUCCAAAAGCUGCGAGCUGCAGCGGUUGAUGAAGUUGCCCUCCUGGAAAAACAAAAGAUAUCAGUUUCAGAACAAGCACAGAUGGUGAAGAACCUCGGUGAUUCAGAAAUGAGGGUUUCGAUGCUCAAAUCACAGGCUGCAAAAAUGGAAAAAAAUUACUGUGAUGAUGCGGCCAACACUAGUAAAAAUCUGGAGCUGCAUAAGAGCGUCUGCAAGUAUAGUUCCUAUUUUUUGAUACAAUUGGUAUUGCUGGCUAUCGUCUUCGGACUGUAUAUGUCGCAGAUGUCACCUGAUGCUGUUGAAGUUGUACCGACAUAAUUUUGAGAAGUGAGUCUUUUUCCUUUUCUCUCGUAUUUUCAACUUUAGAGCUACAGUGAAUGUUAAUUAGGUCGUUUUGUAUGUUCAUAGAUAGAUGGAACCCCUAUUUUCCAUUUUGUCGAGUCGAUAUUUAAUUCAAUGAUAAAUAUAAAGAAUGAUUUGGUGGCUCAUAAAUUUUAAGAUUUGCUGA